AUGCGGCGCGUGCAAACUCACACGAAAGCCGAAAUACUGUUCCGCUGGUUCACCAUUGGUGGCGUGACUGGCACCGCGAUGCCGCGGGGGAUGCAGGCCUUUCCUCUACGAGAUAGUGCCAAGACAAUUGAGACGAUUGCUGAGGCAUACGUAAACAUGGACCUGGCGACGAUGCGUAAAUUUCAUGAGUCCGUUCUGAAGAACACCACAAGGACGUGUGGUACAUCUCGACUCUCCUAUGAGCAGGCAUUACUGCAAGGCAUAGGAGCGGGAAACAGUUGGAGCAGCACGGGUACUGUUGGCGUUGGGGACUCGGCCCUCUCAUCAGCCAGCAGCCCCACGCGAGAUGAGGCAUUAGCGUCGGAUAAUGCGGCACUUGCAAAGAAGGUGGCGGAGAAAACUGCCUUUGACUUCACCGUCAGGAAGUACCCUUCGGCCAACAAGGUGAAACUCAUCAAGGAGCUGCGCGCUGUCUCUGGACUCCCACUUCAUGAGGCGAAGACAGCCGUUGAAAAGUGUCCAGGCGUCCUUGUGAAGGCAAUGGCACGAGCCGAUGCGGAGAAGCUCAAGGCAUUGUUUGAGGGACACGGUGCAGAGGUGGAGUUGCUUUGA